AUGUCAAAAUCAUCAGUACAAGACAAACGUGCUAAUCAGAUGUCUCUAUCAAUUACAACAGAGGAGCUUGAACCUAUGUUAAAGGUGAUAGACAACAAUACCAAGAGAAUAUCCACGUCUGAAAUUUCUGAUUUUCAGCCUGUACUAAAUGACUGCAUGAUUGUUACACGGAAUAUCGUGACAGGUCUUCUAAGUACUGAUCUUCAAAUAAUGCCAUUUGAGGUUACACAUCCAGUUAACGACGAUGAAUCAAAGAAGCAGCAAAAGGGAAAUAUGACUAAGGAUGAUACGCAACCGUCAAAAACUGAUACCAUAUCAAAGCAAGUCGAUCAUUCACAGUCUACAACAGCCUCUCCAAUAUUCAUAGAUCUUACAGCGUCGCCUCCAGCUGCGUCUGAACUUAUAUCAAAAACAAAUCAGGAAGACAAAAAUGAACCUAUCCAGCGUCAAGCCUAUGAUAUCGAUAGCUUAUCCCAAAAUACCAGCCAUAAACGAAAAAGGGGACUUAACACUGGUUCUCGAGAUAUCGUUUCUGGUAUGGGAACACUUAUCAUAGAUGACAAACAAAAAUCUUCUGAAUAUGCUACAAAAAUUAUUAAAGAAAAGAAACACUUUGGUAAUUUAGAAAAAAAUGAUGAAAAUACCUCAAAAUCAAAUCAAAGUGAUGAUAACGACGAGAUGUCAACUGAUGAGUUCUUUAUAAAGUCUCCAAAAAAAAAAAAAGAUGUUAAGGGGAAAAGUGUUACAUCUAAUGAAAAAAGUGAGGGUAUAGAACAUAAUAACAAGGAAUCAUCUUGGAAUAAACAGUUAAACCAUCCUAAUUUUCAGGAUAUUUUAACCAAAUAUGCCAACAAUACCAGGAUUUUUCAGACUGGAGAAUUUGAGCAUACAGUAACUUCAAUGUAUGAUGUUGUAUAUUCACAUUAUGCAGAAUUUAACAAGAAAAAAGUUUCAUUAUCGACAAUUGAGUGGGGUGAUGUAUCAUUAAGGGUAGGCGCUUCAUCAGACACAAGCAAGAAGUAUAUGCUCUAUAGUGCUGUCGAACUAAUAAAUAAAAAUCCUACAUGUUUGGGUAUUAUGGAUUGUGAUCUCUUUUCAAAAGAUGAUGAAAAAAUAAGAAAUAAUAAUUUACAGAUCAUGAACAAACUUAAAUUCACUAAACGUAAUAAAAAUAGACAAUGUGGGAAUGUUCAUUUUAUUAAAUGCAUUCCACAUCAUGAUCAUGAAUUAAUUCAACAAGCAAGGUGUAUAUCUUUUCAUGUGAUUGUUGCUCAUUUAAUUUGCAUGCUUAAUAGACAAAUCCCUUCUCGGAAGUUUGUGGUGGACAAUUCUAACAAUGAUAAUAUAGGUCCAAGCCUCUCAGUUGAUAAAAAUCAACGAUUAAUUGUCAAUGGAGCAUUAACCGGGCACCUUGUAGUUUGGGAUUUAUACGGAUUUGGAUCCUACCAUAAUUCAACUGUAUUUUACCCACAGUUCACCACAAAAGUCAUUGAAGAUCCUGCUACUGAAAAAAUUCUUGCCGUUGAUUUCAAUACAAUCACUAAUGAGAUUUGUUGUACUACCAGCGGAGGCGAUAUAAAAAUUUGGGAUUAUCGUAAUAAUAACGUUCAAAAGGCUCACAAUGUCGCUAUAACUAGUUGUCACUGGAAUCCUCAUGAUAAGCAUUACUUUUUAACAGCUGAUGAAGAUGGAAAUAUUAAAUAUUGGGAUUCGAGAUCAAUGCGUAGUUUAAUUGGAUUAUUACAGGCAAGGUGA